CCUGUAAACUGAUGGCGCAGCUGCCCGUAGGAAGGAACCACACCUAAGUGUGUUGGAACAUUGCUGAAAAGGCUUGGACUGUAGUAGAUCCCAGACUGAAGUUGGCAGAUUUCCCCGGAAGAGACGCUGAAGGGCAGGCUCAUUAAAGGGCAGAAGAAGAACAUUCUUUAGCCCCCAACAAGAUUUACAAGAUGAGUUAUCCAGGGUAUCCACCUGCAAGCGGAUAUCCACCUGCGAGUGGGUAUCCACCUACGAGUGGGUAUCCACCUGCUGCUCCAGGCAGUAGUCCCUGGGGUGCCCCCAGCUACCCCCCUGCAAACCCUCCUCCAAUUGGAUUAGAAAACGUUGGAAACUAUGCGGGUCAGUUUAAUCCGGAUUAUAUGGCAGGCAUGGCUUCCAAUCUGUCAGGAACGUUUGGGGGUGCCAAUAUGCCACAGGGAAUGUAUCCUUCAGCUCCUGGGGGCUAUCCCUCUGCAGCUCCAGGGGGCUUUGGACAACCACCACAGGGACAGCAGCCGUCUUAUGGGAUAUACCCGCCACCUCCAGGAGGAAACCCACCAACAGGAAUGCCAUCUUAUCCAUCGUACCCAGGUGGUCCAAUGCCUCCAGCAGCCCAGCAGCCUCAACCAGUGCCAUAUCCUGGGCAGCAGCCCAUGCCAAGUUAUCCAUCGGGCCCAGCUGUUAAUCCUUCUAUGCCAUCCUACUCGGGCUCUACCAUGCCCACCAUCACCCCUGGAGUAUCUGGAAACCGAGGCACAGUCUAUGAUGCGCCAUCAUUCGAUCCCCUGAGGGAUGCAGAAGUGUUGAGGAAAGCCAUGAAGGGGUUUGGAACUGAUGAGCAGGCCAUCAUUGAGUGCCUUGGAAGCCGCUCAAGCAAGCAACGCCAACAGAUUAUGCUCUCAUUCAAAACAGCUUAUGGGAAGGAUUUGAUCAAGGACCUGAAGUCAGAGCUCUCUGGAAACUUUGAGAAGACAAUCUUGGCAAUGAUGAAAACACCUGUCCUGUUUGAUGUUCAUGAAAUAAAAGAGGCUAUCAAGGGUGCUGGCACAGAUGAAGCCUGCUUGAUAGAGAUCCUGUCAUCGCGCAGUAACAAGCACAUUCAGGAAAUCAGCCGAGCAUACAAAACAGAAUUUAAAAAAACUCUGGAAGAAGCCAUUAGAAGUGACACAUCUGGACAUUUCCAGAGACUUUUAAUCUCACUCUCUCAGGGGAACCGAGAUGAAAGUACCAAUGUGGACAUGUCGCUUGUCCAGAGCGAUGUUCAGGCACUCUAUGCAGCAGGAGAAAGUCGACUUGGGACUGAUGAAUCCAAGUUCAAUGCGAUCUUGUGCACAAGAAGCCGAACUCACCUGAGAGCAGUUUUCAGUGAAUACCAGCGAAUGUGUAACCGGGAUAUUGAGAAGAGCAUAUGCAGAGAAAUGUCUGGUGAUCUUGAAUCUGGGAUGCUGGCAGUAGUUAAGUGCAUGAAAAAUACACCGGCUUUCUUUGCAGAGAGGCUGCACAAGGCCAUGAAGGGAGCAGGAACCAAAGACCGGACUCUCAUACGCAUCAUGGUCUCACGUAGUGAAGUUGAUUUGCUGGAUAUACGGCAGGAAUACAAAAGAAUGUAUGGGAAAUCUCUCUACACAGACAUUGCGGGUGACACUUCAGGGGACUACCGGAAAAUCCUGCUCAAGCUGUGUGGCGGGAAUGACUAGGCGGAGCAUCUGGAAUUUUAGAGUGUUUGUUUGAGAGUCUCAGCUGGCUUUAUCUUCUCCUUUCACAAAGCUGUCAAUUUGCUGGAUCGGACUGAGUUGCCGUUUCUUAAUAUAUCCCAUUCUCUAAAGGUAUAUAAUAAAUACAGGAAAAAAUAUAGAGAGAAAAGGCUGCUGUAGUGGACAGCUAGAGAUUAUUUGUUGCAUUCUUAGAGAAAUUAUUUCUAUGCAAAUGGUGCAUUUGAGAAAUGCCCCCUUUAGAGUACAGAAGGGUUCUGUAUGGUUUUGUGUGCAAUUUUUUUCUCUAUCUGUAUGAACUUUUAUUCGUUUGUUUGUGAACUGUGUGGAGUUUUUUUAAUUAUUAAUCUGAAUCAAAAGUGCCUGCUCUGAAAUGCAAUGGGGUUGAUUCUCAAAGGUCUUUAUUUUAUUACUGUCCUAGGGGAAAAAAUGCAUCUGGUUGAUGGCAUGGGAAAAAUAACUUUUGCAUUCAUUGGAAUGUGGGAUUUUCCUAAUCCAAUUCUCUCCCCUUUACUUUAAAGAGAAGGGAAUUUGGCCAGUGGCAAACUCAGGGCCAAGCUUGAUCACUGAUCAAGCCUAUGCAUCAUUUGAAUGAUUCAUUGGAGCAUGCCAAUGAUGCUUUUAUUUCUGAUAUCAAUAUCAGUAUUGGACGACAUCAUUUUUAUUGGGACAAUGAAAAGGGAAGAAGAGUUAAAUCGCUUCCUGCAUGCUGGGAAAAUUCUCUUAUCUUCCAUCCUGUUGAUCAGUUUUUUAAAAGAGAUAUCAACAGCACGCGAAGUCUUUGGGAAGUCUUCCAGUCCAGUAACCCAUUCACUCAUUUCUUGCUUGCUUGAGUGCUUUCUCUGGAACACAGGUUGGUUAUGAAAUCCUACUGUUCAGGCAACUCCACUUGCAGGGAUUUGGGUUUGCAAAUAAUUUGUAAUAGGAUCUGAAUUGAGUGUCUGCAUUUAAGAGGGGCUGGAGCAUUCCCCACCCUGUUCUUCACAGAAAUAGAUCCCCAAAAAUAUAUCCCUUGAUUUUAGGGCUCAGCCCUAUUCAGUUGCCUCUUUCUCUCUUUCCUUAUGGACUACGUGUUGCUCAAAUUGUGCUAGAAUUGAUUGCCUGCUUUCUACAGGAGUGCGUGCCAAACCUUUCUCUAUCAGUGAUUGAGUUACUCCUUUCAAAUCAAACAUAUGUAAUCGUUUUUUUUUUAAAAAGCAUAUUUGUUUAAAUAAAACUAUCUAUCUUC